UAAUAAUGAGUGAUUAAGAUCAAGAUUAAUACUAUGAUGAGUAAGAAGAAGAAGAAAUGGAAGAUUAUGAUUAAGAAGUUGAUUUUGAAAACAUGACAGAAGAAUAAAAAUAAUAAUAUCUAGCAAUGCAUGGUAAUUAACAGUUAUCAAAUAUCAAAAUAUAGAUUAAAAUUAUUAAGAAGAAGAAGAAGAAGAUGAAGAAGGUAAUUAAAUGGAAGAGGAUGAAUAACAAUAUAAUCAAGUAUAAAGAAAUUAAGGAUUGGGAAGUUCAUCCUAAUUUUAAUAAGAUAAUGGUGAAGAAUCUAGACAUAGUCCAGGAAGAAGAGAGCAAAAUGAUGAAUAUGAUUAAGAUGAAAUAUUAAGAAAAGUAAAAAGAGAUCUAUUAGACAAUGUUAAUCGAGUUAGGAAAGAUAAGAAACUAAAUCCAUUAUAUAUUGAAUUGAUGCCCGCAAUAGUAGCAGAAAGAUUUGCAUCUUAUUUACUUGAUGAUAAUGAUGGUGAACUUGAUGAUAAAAAUCAGAAAAAUGAAUAUAAGAAACUGUAUUUUUAAUUUAAUUUAAAUAGAAUCGAUUUUUAUAAGUAUAAUGAAAAAAAAUUAGAUGACCUUAAAAUAAUAUAGAUAGUCUCUAAAUUUGAAGAAGAUGUUGUUCCUGAUGCCUAAGUUAUUUAUGACUAUUUUAUGGAAAUGGGUUAUCUAUUUUUUGAAGUAGAAGAUGAUAGAAAAACAUUACUCUCUAAUGAAAUGAAUCAUAUUGCUAUUGGUGUAGCUUGUGAUGAUAAUUAAAUUGCUAUUGUUUAUCUAGUCAGUCAUAAAGAUUUAUGUGUUACUAAAAUAGAAGAUAGCAAUGAUGGAUCUAUAUUAGUUCAUGGAAAGAUGCUUGAAGAUUUAGUUGGUGUUUAUGCAUUAUAGAUUCUACCUUUUAACAAUGAUAAUGCAAAAGUACCUGAUAAAAAUGAAAAUAAUAAAAUAGGACCAGAACAUAUUGAAUUUGAUAGAUAAACUAAAUGUUUCAUUGCUAAAAUUGGAAAUUAAGGAUAACCAUGCACCUAUGAUAUUAGAUAAUAUAUUGAUUUAUAUACCAGAAAUACACCAGAGUCUAUUCCUUAUAAAAAAAGCACAAGAGAAAAAUUGAAUUUAAAACAUAUAGAAUUAAAACUCAGAAUUCCAGUUAUUUUCUAUCCUGACCCUAGAUAUGUACAUGAAGAAUAGGAAAAUUUAUAAGCUCAUUAAUAAGAAGAAUAGGCUCAAUAAGCUAUAUAAGAAUCUCCUAUUUAAUAAUUAGAAGACUAAAAUAGUGAUGAUUAAAAUAAAGAUAAUUUAUCACAAGAAGAAAAUCAAAAGUAAAAAGAAGACGAAUUUAUUCACAAAUUUUAAAUGCCAAAAGAAUAAUAAUUAUCCAAUAAAGAUAUUAAAGAAGAAUUAGAAAUUGCUAUUGCUGAAGCGCAAAGAUAACAUGAUGAAUUAUAUGAGCAUAAUGUUAGUUUAUAAUCCAAAAUCAAAUAAAUAAGAAAUAAAUAAGAAGUUUAUGCUGAUAAAACUGGAGAAAUGACUAUGAAUGAACAUAAAUAUCUUAACACCUUAGCACAUGUACAUUAAAUUAGAUUAGACCUUUAAUAAACUUAAGAUAGAUACAACUAAAUGGCAUAAGAAUUACAAUCAAAAUUAGAUGAAAAAUCUAAAAAAUGUAAUGAAAUUAGAUAGGCCUUUAUGGAUCUAAAAAGAGAAGUUGCUCGAAAGGCUGCAUAUUCUAGAACAGAUAAAUCUAUUCCUGAAUAAAGAAUAUCUGAAUGGGAAGAAUAAGAAUAAGCGAAAAAUAAGACUUUAUAGGAAUUAAGACUCGACACAUUAAGAUUAAAAAACACAUUAGCAAAAAAUUAAAAAUAAUUAAAAAAGAAAGAAGAACUAGCUGAAGGUUUACAUUUAAUUGAUUUUGAAUAAUUAAAGAUUGAAAAUCAAACCUUAAAUGAGAAAAUUGAAGAAAGAAAUGAAGAUCUUCAUAAAUUGAAAAAUAAAAAUACAAAGACAGUUUAAAUGUUAACUCAUACUAGNGAAGAUUUAGUUGGUGUUUAUGCAUUAUAGAUUCUACCUUUUAACAAUGAUAAUGCAAAAGUACCUGAUAAAAAUGAAAAUAAUAAAAUAGGACCAGAACAUAUUGAAUUUGAUAGAUAAACUAAAUGUUUCAUUGCUAAAAUUGGAAAUUAAGGAUAACCAUGCACCUAUGAUAUUAGAUAAUAUAUUGAUUUAUAUACCAGAAAUACACCAGAGUCUAUUCCUUAUAAAAAAAGCACAAGAGAAAAAUUGAAUUUAAAACAUAUAGAAUUAAAACUCAGAAUUCCAGUUAUUUUCUAUCCUGACCCUAGAUAUGUACAUGAAGAAUAGGAAAAUUUAUAAGCUCAUUAAUAAGAAGAAUAGGCUCAAUAAGCUAUAUAAGAAUCUCCUAUUUAAUAAUUAGAAGACUAAAAUAGUGAUGAUUAAAAUAAAGAUAAUUUAUCACAAGAAGAAAAUCAAAAGUAAAAAGAAGACGAAUUUAUUCACAAAUUUUAAAUGCCAAAAGAAUAAUAAUUAUCCAAUAAAGAUAUUAAAGAAGAAUUAGAAAUUGCUAUUGCUGAAGCGCAAAGAUAACAUGAUGAAUUAUAUGAGCAUAAUGUUAGUUUAUAAUCCAAAAUCAAAUAAAUAAGAAAUAAAUAAGAAGUUUAUGCUGAUAAAACUGGAGAAAUGACUAUGAAUGAACAUAAAUAUCUUAACACCUUAGCACAUGUACAUUAAAUUAGAUUAGACCUUUAAUAAACUUAAGAUAGAUACAACUAAAUGGCAUAAGAAUUACAAUCAAAAUUAGAUGAAAAAUCUAAAAAAUGUAAUGAAAUUAGAUAGGCCUUUAUGGAUCUAAAAAGAGAAGUUGCUCGAAAGGCUGCAUAUUCUAGAACAGAUAAAUCUAUUCCUGAAUAAAGAAUAUCUGAAUGGGAAGAAUAAGAAUAAGCGAAAAAUAAGACUUUAUAGGAAUUAAGACUCGACACAUUAAGAUUAAAAAACACAUUAGCAAAAAAUUAAAAAUAAUUAAAAAAGAAAGAAGAACUAGCUGAAGGUUUACAUUUAAUUGAUUUUGAAUAAUUAAAGAUUGAAAAUCAAACCUUAAAUGAGAAAAUUGAAGAAAGAAAUGAAGAUCUUCAUAAAUUGAAAAAUAAAAAUACAAAGACAGUUUAAAUGUUAACUCAUACUAGGGAAAAAUUGGGUUAUGUAAAAGCGAAAUUUUAAGAUUAAGAAAAAAUUAAUUGUAAUAUAUUUUAAUAAUUGAUUUUAGAAAAAAAAAAGGAUGAUUUAGAAGGACUACGUAAAAACUUAGGAGAACAAAAAGAGUCUAAAGAUAAAUUAAGAACUGAAAAUCUUAAACUAAAAUAACAAACAGGGUAUUUAUAAAAAUUAAAAUAGAAUUGUGAAUCGUCCUGAAUUAAUUUAAGAUUAUAGUAAUAGGAAAAAAAAUAUAGAUUAACUUAAAGUUGAAUUAGAACAAUUAGAGGUAUGAAUAAUAUGUUAGAUUUAAGUAAAAACUAAAGUGUAUGUAGAAAAUUAUUGAUGAAUACUAAAAUCACCUCAAGAAAAAGGAAUAAGAAUAACAAAAUAAGCAAAGAGUUAGACUUUUAUGA